AUGAAACCGUCGGGCAUUUCGCAAAAACGCAUCCCGGCAGAAGGCGAGAGAUUAUUGGGUGUAGGGGGAGAUGCGACGAAGAGUAGAGCAGCAAUCGACAGUGUCGGAGUACAAGUCAAGAGGGAUACGGUGGCUGUAUCCGUUUCGAUUAAGUACACAUACCCCCCUAAAGAAGCCUUCGGCCCCGCCUAUGGUGUGGCGCGAAGUGGCCCGUUCAGAUUGACCAGCCUCUCCGAACCUACGCGCGCUAGACGUUACGUAACACUACAAUUUGGAACCGGUGCGAAGCUGAAGGGUGGUGACGUCAGACAUCGCAGGCGAGUGGCGCAUUUCCACGCCGCCCCAACUCCAGCGCCGGGCGAGCAGUGGGCUGUGGGGGGCGCAGUGACGUCGCGGUGCGGUGACGUCACGCUCAGCCAGCGUCCACUUCCACCAGCCAUCCGACAGGCAAAGAGCGAGAGAGAGACAGAUGACAUAGGACAAACGAAGCAAAUGGGCCCCAGCCGAGAGACGCAACCCGCGAGCUGCCGACGCGAGGCCGACGCUACGGUGCUUAAACGGCCCCCGGCGCCG